AUGGAUGACUUCAACCCCAAUCCCGCGUUACAUUUAACGAAUGGGAAGAAGGUUCGCCUGCCGAUUGAUUCUAAAUUCAGAGAUACGACCGCAGAUUUCACCUUUCCAUCUUCGAGUAUACGUGAAAAGGUCGCCAGAAAGGUAUUCUAUAAACUCUCUCUCCCCGCAGAACUGCUCGCAUUUGAGUCCGUGCCUGCAGUAGCAAUCCUAGUCACACUUUCAGCCCUCGUUACUGAAGACGAUUAUUCCAAGGUCGUCUCCAUCCUGAACUCUGAUCUCCGGCUCAAGACUAUAUAUGGCAACUUCAUAAUAGUGUGUGCAUGCGUCAGUUAUGAGAAGCUCUGGGGGUUCAUCGUCGCUCAGGUUCCGAGGAACUAUAACCUACCACAGCAGCGCGUCGUCGACCUGGCUGCUGCGGUCCUCAGUAAGUAUACGGGAAUCACGCUGUCUGAGGCCAAUCCAAGCAUUUGUGCAUUGACAGGUACAGUCACAGACCCUCGCUUUACUGAGUUUGAUGUGGCGUCUCAGGGUAACAACGACAUUCUUACACUGGUUCACUGUGGAAGGUUCUACAACUACUUGGCGCAGAAAAGCUUAGAAGAGAGUAGCGCCCGCACCCCUCUAGUAGCACAGGCAGAGCAAAUUAUUACAUCAUCGGCCACCACCAACCUGCAAGGGAAGUCUGUACAUGGAGGCAGUGAUCCGUCACCUUACUCACCCGAUGAGAAGCAAUUGCGAGUCUACGAAAACCUCUACGAGAUACCAUUGGAGUUGUUGGCUUAUGCAGCGUUUCAGUUGGCAGAUGGUGACCCUUCUCGCAUAGUAUACUUCAACUCUCACCCCGUUACCCUUUUAUACAUAAGAAAUGCAACGAUUAACGAGCCACUGGAGAGGUUCUAUGGUGCCCUGAGCCAGUGGCCACUCUGCGCAGGAGGAUUUGCGGAGGUUGAUAGUCACCCCAUAUCCGAAUUCAGGGACCGGAGCUCCUAUAAGUACCAUGAAGCAGUUGGUAGGGGCCGCAGUAUAUCAUCCAAUCAAAAUCCAACGGUGCGCCGUAAUUCAAGGAGUCAGAAAGAUGGCACUCCUAUCCUAACGUCAGAUCUCUCCCACAGAAACCUCAACUCUGUGGUUGGCCGCCAACAGAAUACCUCCACCAUGAACCCACUAUCCUAUACGCAGCGCAUACGCCUGGAGUCUAAGGGCCGCGUCUACAUAGUUCUCUUCCUCAAGCGACUAAAUGAUUAUCACUCCGAUCUAGCGAAGGAUUCACACAAGUAUCUAAUUAAGUCGGGAAGAAUACUCACGUCUUCAGCGCAGCAGACGUUUCUUUCCUGCACCGUUGACUUCACCGACCGCUUCAAGGAGAUAUGCCUCAGCGUUGGUGGAAUAACGGACAACUCGUGCGUUAGAAUUAUUGAGAACUUGCUGCUGGACAAAAACUGCCGUGACAUUAAGAUUGAUGUUAUGUUAGGGACCGUCCUCUUCCUUGCCGUUCCGGCUGCGGUACCAGUUAUAGUCAACAAGAUAAAGGCUAUGGGAUUUACUUGCAAGCUGAUUGCAGGGACCGAUGUAGCUGACGAAGCAAGAUCUCUAUUAAUAAACAACAACCAUCUGCGGAAAUGGAUAAUACAGGCCGUUAUUAACUCACUGUUUCUAUUGCUGACACUUCUUUUUUCCUUUGGGCAUGCCAUUUUCCCCACAAACGCUCAGGUUAACUCCAAGUUGAACACUUCUUUUGUCACUGUCUCAGACACUCUUGCUGCAAUUUUCGCCACGCUCUGCGUCUUGACCAACUCAGGCUAUUUGAUAAUUAAAUAUGGAAUGAUUGCUCUGUGUAACAAGACGUUUUCCAAUGAAUCAAUGUUGGCGUUCAUCCUGCUUACUGGUCUUGUCGUGUCGAUCAACGCUUAUGGAUGGUCAUUGGGGCUCAAGCAAGAGUCUCGCACCCCGCUCAUGUUCGAUUCACUCGUCAUCCUAAUUACAAUGGUCUCCUUUUGUAAGAUUAUCGAGCUGAAGGCAAAGCAACUUUCUGCAAGGCCAUACAUUAAUCUGGCACAGUCCAUUCCAACGGAAACAGUGAUCGUUACAGAACUUCUCAUCCCAGAGGUGGUCAAUCACUUCUUUAAGGACGCCAACAACCUGCUAGAGCCACACCUUCAAGAAGACACAGACACGGAUGCCACUACAGAUGCCACCGAGACUAUGACAGAGCAGCAUAGUGUUCUUCAGACGGUGCAAGAAUCGCCUUCUAGAGACGCAGAUGCCAAUUCCCACUUUCUUCUAUCUGACAUAGACGCUGUUUCCAAACCAGCAUCCAUAGAGGUAGUGUCCUUGCCUAGUAGCGACAGCAUCCAGGUCGCAAUGGACUCAUCUGAUAAGGACACCUCUCUGAAGGCGACGACGAGAAGUUCGCUUUCUCCACGGGGACACCUCCCCGCCUCUGCGAAAUCUAAGGGUACUCCUACUCUACGGAAGUCUGGAGUAGAUGAUAGCAUCAGUGUUUUUACGGGACAAGCACAUAGCGCUGACACAAGUAUUAUUUCUCCAAAUAUCUCCUACAAACGCAACCCUCUUUACAAUCUGCUAAUCAAAAAAUACCAGAUUAAUAAAAUUGUCGAGCACUUGACUGGCAAUUAUAAUGAGUCCUUCGCACAGUACAAAUUUGCUAAUGCGCAGACACGCAGCCUCACCAAGGGAAUGAUCGUUAGGGUCCAGGCAGGUUAUCGCUGUCCUUGUGAUGGGGUUGUUGUUUACGGUUCCACGGAGGUUGAUGAAAGAUACAUCAGUGGUCGGCGGAUGAUGUCGGCCGUCAAGAAUAUGGGAGAUGUCAUCUAUGCCGGUACUCGUGUCCUCUAUAGUGACCUCUACGUUUGUUGUGUCAUGAUUAACCAGGACACAAUCAUCGGGAGGAUAUUCAGUCUUCUGCAGCGCUCUCAGAAGGCGAGUGAUCACCUCCCGAAGCUACAUAGAAUCUCAAAUAGAAUUUUGGACAUUAUGGGGCCACUGGUUCUUGGUCUCGGCGUACUUCUUCUCGUGAUAUGGCUAGCUGCCGCCUUCAGCAGUAAUAGGGUGCACAAAUAUAUUCUUGAACUCUUUGUAAAAGAUAAUAAGAGCAGAUCCUCUGACAAUCUGGUAAAAACUAUCUUUUCAUUCAACAUUAUGCUAGCAUUCUUCAUUGCCGGUUGUUCUUCGGCUCUGGCCAUUGCAAUUCCAAUUCUGUCGUUGUCUGGGUCAACCAGAGCACAAAAGAUGGGGCUCCUGAUGCGCAAUAGUUGCUUGCUCAGCGAGCAGUUGGCAUCCGUUGAGCAUGUAGUGUUCUCUAAAUCCGGAACUUUAACGCUAGCGCAGCCUAUCGUAGAAAGCAUCCUUAUACCCUUCAACAUCGAUGCCAUGUUUGCCUUCUUUGAAGCAACAGGCCAACUGGUGCACACGUGCGGUGGGUACAUGGUGAAACGCCCAGUAAAGUUGAAGGAACCGGAAACCCUUGCUACUAUUUCGGAGGAGUCUUAUGGUAAUGGAAAUGCCGGCUCCCCUUCUCCUUCCUUUGUGAUUGCUUCUGCAGAGGCUGCUGGUAAUACGUGUGCAAUGAUGGCUAUGCCUCUAACAACGGAGGAGUCGGAGACCAAUUUUCCUGGUGGCACAGAUACGUCUGGGCCUCUUCUUUCUAUGUUUGCACAACCUGGUCAAGAGCGCAGAAUGUCAGCGAAAACGAUUGAUGCUUUGAAUGCUGUCGUGGCAGUCGGCGAUCUCGGUUCUAUUGAUUUGGUAAUGCCGAGAGAGGAGGAUAGUGUGGAGAGUAAUGAGAACCUUAGCAGCCUUUGUAAGCCGGUGUCCAUCCAAGUUAUCUCCAAGAGCAAUGCAGUCGACACUCUAUGCCACUCUGAAGGAUCGGCGUCACUGUCAGACAGCAUUCACCGUUUGUCCUCGCCAUUAGGACUGACACCGAGCAUAUCUAGCACAAACCUAAAGAGCUUCGAAAUUCCGAGCCAGGCCUUUCCUCGAACCACCUCGAUGCCUUUGCAUGUCAGCAUGUCCAUGUCUACUCUUCCAAACAUUGCAGACUACAUGGCCAAAGUUUAUACAAAGGAUGAUUUGUGCGCUGCGAUGAAUACAGAUGUUGUUCUGGGGAAGAUGCGUGACAAGUUCAUCUAUUCCGUCGCCAUCAAAUGCCUCAAGUAUUACGCCAGCUUUGCUCACCACUCUGGAAACUCAAUUAUUUAUAGCUUGCUAACGUGCAUAAUUCUAUUUGCCAAAGGAAGGCCAAUGGACCACAUAGUUCGAAACAUUUCAAACCUCUCGGAGUUCUCUCUCCCGGACGCAAAAGACUUCGAGAUGCACCAAGACCGUGGUGGAUUCAGCGCAAUUAUGGGCGGAGAAGAAAUUUACUGUGGUAAUUUCUACCAUGAAAAGAAAGAUACCGAUGGACCACUUUCCAAUUGCAACAACGAGAACAGCAGUAUCCCAACAGAGAAUCAGCAGAGCCAGCAAUACGUUCGAAUUAACCCUCAGACAUUUAAGUACGAAUUUAUCAACUCCACAAGUCCAGAACAGUUAGAGGGCAUGUUCGAUAACCACGACUAUGCGGCACUGUACAUAAGGGGGGAACUUAUCUCUACCAUAACUGUGUCAGACACCGUUAGACCAGACUCUCAAGCUACGAUUUCACGGCUGAAGAAGAGGGGCUACAACGUGUACAUGAUCACCGCAGACACCCAGCACUCGGCCUUCAAAGUCUCUGACAAGGUUGAAAUUCCAAGAGAGUGUGUCAUACAUGAUCUUCCAGUUAAUGUGAAGCCGGAUGCAAUCCGUUUUUUGGCUCUUCACGACCGAUGGCCCACACAAAAGGAAGUAACUAUGUUGUCUCACGGCUGGAAAGCAGACGGGUGGGAACAGAAGCAGCAGAAAGUGCUCUUUGUCUGUGAUGGGAUCAAUGAUAUCAGUUGCUUACCUGCUUGUGGGGUAUCUGUGGCUGUUGGUUCUGGGGAGCAAAUUCUCAAGAAUAGCGCCGAUAUAGUACUCAUGUCAAACCAUCUAUCUGACAUGCUUCAAAUGUUUCAUUUUGCCGAGACCGUACGCAAGUUCAUGAUUGCUGUAUUUAUUGUCACGAUCCUGUACUCCACUAUACUGCUCAUUCUAACGUCGGGCAUUCUUGUUCCCGUUCCUUUUGUGAUUAGCCCAACAUACUCUGCGCUCGCUAUCACUGGCCUUGUUGUGUGUGUCACCACAAUAGGUCUUUCAUUGAACCUGUACUGCGAAAGGUAG